AUGGCGUUCUUAAUGCGCCGACCCUUCACGGUCGCAUCUGCACUCAAGCAGCCCAUCUCAUCGACCACGUUCCGCGCCUUUCACCAGGGACCCAUCAAGAAGGCGCCCGCNCCCUCCAGCUUCAGCUCCAAGUUUGCCUCAUCACGACAGACCUUCCGUAACGCUUUUCAAAGCUCGUUCCGUCGCAACUACAACCAACCAGCGGCGUUCCCCAACCCUACUGCCUCUGGAAACCUCACCCAGCGCCUCAUCUAUGGCGGUGCCAUCUUUGGUGGUACCCUGCUUGCCAUCAACCUCGUCUUCAACCGUGAAACCAGAGAAGAUGGCGGCAUGCCUCCCUUUGAACGCUCCUACCUGAACGACACUUUCCUGCACACUGGUCUCGGUAUCGGCAUCAUCGGUAUUGCUGCUCGCGCUCUUCACUCAAAUGGCUGGAGUUACCGUCUCAUGGCUGCCAACCCCUGGUUGAUCCUCGGUAUUGGUCUUGUUGGCUCCAUCGGUACCAUGAUGGGUACUCGCAUGUGCCCUCCUGAGAACUACGUCGCCAAGUACGCCCUUUGGACCGCCUUCAACCUGACCCAAGCCGCUCUUCUGUCUCCCCUCAUGUUCUACAACCCCGCCAUCCUCGCCCGUGCCGGUCUCUACACUGUCGGUCUGAUGGGCAGCAUUGCCUUUGUUGGUGCCACUGCCAAGACCGACAAGUACCUCUACAUUGGUGGCCCUCUUCUUGCUGGUGUCGCUGUUGUCGCUCUCUCCGGUCUCGCUCCUCUGGUCCUCCCCGCCACCGCCACCCGUACUCUCAUGUUCACUGAGAACCUAUGGCUCUACGGUGGUCUUGUCGUCUUUGGUGGUUUCACCCUCUACGACAUCCAGAAGAUCUUGCACCACGCCCGUCUCAGCGAGCGCGGCUUGAUCAAGCGUGACCCUGUCAACGAGGCCAUCAGCCUUGAGCUUGACUUCAUCAACAUCUUCGUUCGUAUGGUCCAGAUCUUGGCCAUGCAGCAGAACAGAAGAAAGUAA